UGUGACUGUACUCAACGUUUUUUUUUUUUGUGAGUGUCAGUGACAGUCUCAAAGUGAAAGUUAAAAAGUUAUGUAGACCAGAUUUAGAUCUAAUCAUGACUAGACUUUAAAGGACACUUAGAUCUAGUCUUAACAUUGGAUCUAGAUUUAUAGACGAAAUCUAGUCUACAAGCCUGCUGUCCAAAAAUAUGUGUAUAUAUCAUGGCUACAAAAAUUGUAAAAUGUACUAGAAUUGUGACUUACAUGCAGAAUCCUAGAGCACUACUUAUAAGAUUCAGACAGUUUUCUUCCACUUCUGAUAGUAUUGAUCACAGUGCGCAGAAUGUUGCUGAGGAUUCAUCAAAAUCUCAAACAGUCUGGCCAGACAGCAUACUUGGACCUCUUGGUCCGCAGGAUAGACGAUUUUUACUCCCUGGUCGAAUUGGACCUUGCUUAAAUAGAAAAACUGUCAACCAUGAGCUUAUUGGUAAAGAGGUUGUUCUUCAUGUUCCAUCUAUUGACAGUUUGCUUCCAGAAGGUCCUUUUCAAAGGCAUUGUGAUAUAACUGAGCAGUUUUUGACUUCUAUUGAUGAGAUUGAUUUAGAUUUUAUUGAUAAGGAAAUAUCAGUGCCAGCAUCUUCUGACAGAUUAGAAUACAGGGCUCAUAGUUGUCCAACAUUAUUGAGAAAAGAAUUCAAAGAAUUAUUCCCACAAAGAAAUAUUAUGGAGGGUGAUCUGACAGUAAUAAUAAUUAGCAUGAAAACUGAAAAUGACAUGACCAAAUGGUCUUCAGAGGUUGAACAAGAAAGAGAAGAAUUACUGGAAAUGUUUGUUCAAAGUGCAGUUGCAAUUUGUCAGGCAUUUGAUGGCUCUGGGCACUGGGCAGAUUUUAUUGAUCCUUCAUCUGGCAAGCCAUUCAAAAGUGCACAUACAAAUUUUACUUUGUUUGAAACUGAUGAACGUUACAGAAAAUUUGGUUUUGACAUCCGUGAUCUUGGUUGUUGUAAAGUUAUCAGCCAUCCAGUGUGGGGAACUCAUUCUUUCAUUGGUUCUUUGUUUACAACAGCACCUUUAAAUCAUCCAUUGGUUGUAAACCUAAAUAACAGUUUAGUUUAACAUUUUUUAGGAACCUUCUGGACCUGGUUUAAAAAAUGUGUUUCAUAAUUUUAAGAGGAAAUUGCCAGUUGUUUUUUUUUUUUUACGUUAACCUAGAAAGUGGAAGUUAUUAAUGACAUCCCAGAUUUCAAAAAUGAUGUUGAGUAUUACUCUUAGUUUGGCUUAGUCCUAAUUAGGUGAACAAUCGUAAUCAGAAACAUGAUAUUAAUUACUGUUGUAUUUAUUCUGAAUGUUUUUUGUUUUGUUUUUUCAUAUUUAAUCCCCCCCCCCCCCCUUUUUUUUUUGAAUAAAAAAAAAAAAUGAAAAUUGUAAGUUACAUGUUUAAGUGCUACUAAAUUUUGAAAACAGUGUGGUUUUUUUUUCUUUUUUCUGUUGUUUCAAUAAAUUGUGUUACAUUUAACCUAA